GUCAAGGCCAGUCGGCUGCAAUGGCUCUUCUACAGUGGAGAAGAUUUAAUUUUUUUGAUAAGGAAACUGUGAAGGACCCGGAUACAGGUCAAGUGUUUGAUAAACUCAAGGAUGUGAAUGUGUCAGCCUGUGUGAGCGGUCAUGGCCAGUUGAUUAUCGGUGACCAUGAGGGAUUUCUGUACCUGGUCAGCAGGCAGCUCAAACUCAGUGUAUUCAAGGCAUACGAGAUCAGAGUGUCGCACCUCUUCCAGCUCCGCCAACACAAUCUUCUGGUGUCAGUCGGGGAAGAUGAGCAAGGCGUCAACCCACUUAUCAAGGUGUGGAAUUUGGACAAGAUUGAGAAAGGAACACCAGUUUGUACCAGGAUAACAAGGGCUAUUCCAGGAAAUAAACCCACCCCUGUGACUUGUCUGGCUGUCCACGAGAACCUGGCCUGGAUGGCAGUCGGAUUUGAAAACGGUAGCGUGGUGCUUUUCAAGGGGGACGUCACUAAAGACAGACACACCAAAACCAGAAUUGUCUAUGAGAAUCCGAAGCCUGUCACUGGAUUAGCAUUCAAGACAUCGGGAUCUAAAACAAUAUUCUUGUUCGUGGUUACAGAAUCUCAGGUUGUUUCCAUAUCAAUCUCCGGCAAACAAGACCAGAAGAGUACGGUUGAACAUUUCGGGGCAUCCCUUCAUUGUACCGUGAUGAGCGACCACACCCAGGAUCACCAGCUAGUGAUGGGCAGACAGGAUGCAGUUUAUUUUUACCAGCCAGACGGACGGGGGCCCUGCCUGGCUUUUGAGGGUGAAAAGCUACAUCUCCAAUGGUUUAGGGGCUACCUUAUAGUAGUAGGCAAGGAAAACAAGGCACUCCUUCGUACUACUGUACUGGGAGGACAAAGCCUGGAGAUGAACAUUGUCACUGUGUAUGAUAUCCAGAAUAAAUUUAUAGCGUAUUCCGCGCCGUAUCCCGACGUGAUAGGAGUCAUGUGUGAAUGGGGAAGUGUAUACCUGCUGGGCGGGGAUAGAAAGCUCUACCAACUCCAGGAAAAAGACACACAGACCAAACUAGAAAUGUUGUUUAAGAAAAACAAUUAUCAGUUGGCUAUCAGCCUUGCUAAGAGCCAACAGUACGAUGAUGAUGGUUUGAUCGACAUCUUUACUCAAUAUGGCGACCACUUAUACAGCAAAGGCGACCAUGACGGAGCAAUCGACCAGUACAUCCGGACAAUCGGCAAGCUGGAGGCUUCCUAUGUCAUAAGAAAGUUUCUAGACGCCCAGAGAAUCCACAAUCUGACCAAGUACCUUCAGGCAUUACACAAGGCCCAGCGGGCUACUGAGGAACACACAACACUUCUCCUCAACUGUUACACCAAACUAAAGGAUGUCAGUAAACUCGACGAGUUCAUCAUGACGAAGGACAGGGAAGUGGACUUUGAUGUAGAGACGGCCAUUCGUGUGUGUAGACAGGCCAGCUACUACACCCAUGCUCUGUUCCUGGCCGAGAAACACGCCAAACACCACUGGUACCUCCGAAUACAGUUAGAGGACAGCAAAAACUACCAACAGGCCCUCGAGUACAUCGGCAAACUCGAAUUUGAGGAGGCUGAAGAAAACCUGAAGAAGUACGGAAAGGUGCUGAUGUCAGAGGUUCCCCGCCAGACAACCGAACUCCUCAAACGUCUAUGUACAGACUACAGACCAGCAGAUAAGCCUCUGGUGGAUCAGAUGAAUAUAGAUGGAGGGGUUGCUAGAAUACAGAAAGCAAGCGCGGAGGAGUUUAUCCAUAUUUUCGUCAAUAACUCACCAAAGCUAACUGAAUUCCUGGAGCACAUGAUUAAGGUGAAGCCGAAUUCUCCCAGUCUACUGUACAACACUUUACUGGAGCUGUACCUCCACGAAUAUGUGCACGAGAGGGAUAGCUCUGUGAAAACAGAGAAGGUGAGAAGGACUGAGGACCUCCUAAAGAAUCCAGACGCCCGUUACGACCUUGACCAGGCUCUGGUUCUAUGUCAGAUGAACAAUUUCAAGGCUGGCAUACUUUACCUGUAUGAGAAGGCCCAUCUCUAUCAGCAGAUUCUACAGUACCAUAUGGAGCAUGAUGAUUAUGUACAUGUAAUAGAUACAUGUAAGAAGUUUGGGGGACAGGAUUCUAACUUGUGGGUACAGGCGCUGUCGUAUUUUGCCAGGAAAGAAGACAACUGUAAAUCCCAGCUGAUGGAGGUUCUCUCACAUAUUGACAAAAAGAAUCUAUUACCUCCCUUGUUGGUAAUUCAAAGUCUGGCACAUAACUCUACAGCAACCCUGUCUGUGGUCAAGGAUUACAUUAUCAGACGACUGCAGUUGGAAAAUGAUCAAAUCGCCGAGGAUGAACGUCUUAUUAAACAGUACAGGGAGGACACAGAGAAAAAACGUGCACAGAUCGAGGAAAUGAAAACUACAGCAAAAAUAUUCCAGGCCUCCAAAUGUAAUAUAUGUAAUCAUCCACUGGAACUGCCGUCUGUACAUUUCCUGUGUGAACCUCACUCCUACCAUCAACACUGUUUUGAGAAUUAUGCGGAGAAUGACUCUGAAUGCCCAGUUUGUGCACCAGAAAACAGAAAGAUCAUGGAUAUCAUAAGAGCACAAGAACAGAGCAAAGACCUACACGAGUUCUUUCAUAAUCAGUUGGAAAGAUCCCAAGAUGGCUUUUCUGUAGUGGCGGAUUACUUUGGACGAGGAGUUUUCAACAAGGUGACAAUUAUUACAGACUCCCCUACCAGGCAAAGAGGAGCAGCAACAGCUAACUAUCCCUCGAAACACUUGUAAGGACAGGUUCUGUGGUACCAGCUAACUAUCCCUCGAAACACUUGUAAGGACAGGUUCUGUGGUACCAGCUAACUAUCCCUCGAAACACUUGUAAGGACAGGUUCUGUGGUACCAGCUAACUAUCCCUCGAAACACUUGUAAGGACAGGUUCUGUCGUACCAGCUAACUAUCCCUCGAAACACUUGUAAGGACAGGUUCUGUGGUACCAGCUAACUAUCCCUCGAAACACUUGUAAGGACAGGUUCUGUGGUACCAGCUAACUAUCCCUCGAAACACUUGUAAGGACAGGUUCUGUGGUACCAGCUAACUAUCCCUCGAAACACUUGUAAGGACAGGUUCUGUGGUACCAGCUAACUAUCCCUCGAAACACUUGUAAGGACAGGUUCUGUGGUACCAGCUAACUAUCCCUCGAAACACUUGUAAGGACAGGUUCUGUGGUACCAGCUAACUAUCCCUCGAAACACUUGUAAGGACAGGUUCUUUGGUACCAGCUAACUAUCCCUCGAAACAUUUGUACGGACAGAUUCUGUGUUACCAACAAGACUCGAUACAUCAUUAUGUCAUUAGGGCUUGUAAUUACAGAUUCUGUGUUACCAACUAGACUCGAUACAUGAUGUCAUCAUUAUGUCAUCAGGGCUGUGAUCCAGUACUCCAUGUGGUCUGUUCCCAUAGAAUGUAUCAUUACAUUGAGAAUAAAUCUUUGCUGCUUUCUAUUUCCUGUAAGUUCGUCGUGGCUACAGUGUGAUGCAGACAAGAUAAUUCAUUAUGAUGGCUACAUCAUUAACAGGGUAUUAUGUUGGGAAACAUUCUACCACCAGCCAUCAAUGUUUCCGAGAAAAACAUCAUUGUACAGGAGAUUAGUGAAAGGCCUUGGAGACACAAGUCACAAAAAAAAUCUUGUACCUUCAUUUUGAAGUGAGUCUGAGAAUAAUGACCAUUGAAUAAUUAUAGCUCUUUUAUAGAUAAUGGUGAAUAUUAUAAUGGUGAAUAUGAUGAUGGUGAAUAUGAUAAUGUGAAUAUGAUAAUGGUGAAUAUUAUAAUGGUGAAUAUGAUAAUGGUGAAUAUGAUUAUGGUGAAUAUGAUUAUGGUGAACAAAUUCUUGCCAUGUUUUCAUGUGUUUCCACAAUGUACAAGUGAGUCAAUAUUGUGAUUGAAAAUGUGUGAUUCUGAUUAAAAAUCAGGUGCUAAGGUAGGAAGUUAUUUUCAAAGAUUAGUGCCGAUAGUUAAGUGCAAUAUGUGUGUUCAGAUGCGCUCUAAUAGUGAUAUCCCACCUGUGUCAGACCAUUGUUUGUGGGAAAAGUCCUGUUAGACAGGUAGUUGAUUAUGUAAAAAACAAGUGUUUAAAUCAGAUUAAAGGAGAGUCAAACUUCAUGGAGUGAGAGUUGCAUAGUUAAUAAUAUAUAAUGUGAAAACCGCUUCAGAAUGGUUUUUUAAGAUGUGUAUGUUUUGUUUACAGUAAAAGGGAGAUACUUCUAAUAGUGGAAGAUUUUGUUUUCAGUAAUGUUUGAGAGAAUUUAUGUGAGAUAUCAAAUAGAUUGUAUCCCUCUAAUUACAAAGUGAGAAGUCCUGCUACUCUGAUUUACCCUCCGCAACGAAUCUAAGAGUAUUAAUGGAAUCCGUUUGUUGGUCUCUGUCUGUUGUGUCUCUGUCUUUCUGUCUGUCUGUCUGUCAUUAGAAAAAAAUUGUCGUGGCAACUCCUUACCUUGUGAACCAAUUUCAAUAAAACUGUACGAGAAUGUUGGGGUCCACGAGUAGAAUUACUGAUGUACAUGAAAUUUUGUUUUGGUUAUUUUUAUGAAAUUUUGGUUGCCAUGGUAACCAGGUCACUAUACACAGGUGUUGUGUAGCUCAUCAGUCUCUUACAUCAAUUUUACUCAAACUAGAUCAUGUGUUGUAACUUACGAAUGCCUGUAAUAUGACCCAUCAGGUGUUUCCAGAUCCGUUACUUGGGAACCAUAAAGAAGCCUUUUCAUUGGUCAAAAUUGAGAUAUUGUCCUAUUAAAGUGAAAAUUGGUUUUGGUAUUGAGUAAUGACAAUGAUACAAUAGUAUAUGUACAAUUUUUCAAGCUAUUGGUUGUCAAUUGGUUGCUUUAGUAUCAAAAAGAAGUUUGGGUUCCAGUGUUACAAGAUUCUGUUGUUAGUGUCAAUGUCCUUAUUUAUACAAUAUAUAAAUAUUUCUUCUGUGAUAUGCUGUAAUAUGUCAACUUGUUUGAUCAAGAUUGUCUGAAUAAAAAUUCAAGAUCAAA